CUGAACGAAGUCCAAGAAUUACACUUCAGGUUUGGCUCUCGCUCGUAUUAUUGGAAUGCCGACCUGCAACAGCCAACCGAAUUUCUACCGGUGCAGUGUGUUAAUAAGAUCGACCCACAGGACCCUCAGUUUGGCCGGGUUUACUAUCCGAAUGACACACGUCCCACAGAAAUCGCCUACGGAUGUGCAGAGGGUGACUAUUGUUGCGGAUAUGAUUGCUGUCAAGAGGGGACAUUCUUCACAAGCCUCUUUCGUCUUCUGGUGCUCAUUUUGGUGAUGUCCGUGUUAGGAGUGAUCUGCAUCGAAGCAUUUCGAUGGGUGCUUAAUUGUGUAUACAUGUGUAAAUAUGCAUUAUCCAGCUGCUCACUUCUCCGUGUGCCUUCUUUUUACGAGUCAAAUCACGAGAAAUUGCCUUAUUGCUGUGACGCCAAUGGCUGCGCAUUGUACGUCCUCAAUGAAACGGGUGCUGCUGAAUCUGUUGAAAAAAUUCAUGUUCUAUCAGGAAAUCAUAGGCUCUUCUCGGAGUAA